AUGUACUCUAUCCAACAGCAGAAGUCACUGCCAGAUACUCCACCUGAUGACGUCGAGAGCCUCAUAGAUUCCUUUCAAAAACACGUCAUGCUGAACCGUUUCUCAGACUCCUCCGAAAGAGGGGUCCGCGGUUCGUGCCCGAUGCCUCAACGAUAUGCUUCAGUGGACAACUUUGACAUCUCUUCAAGAUCUGAAGGUACCGGCACAACAACGGAAAGUGGUAUUGGUAAUGCAGCAAUCGCUUCAGUGGAAGAUCAGCUGCCGCACAGUAAGUCUGUCUAUCGACGACGUGGGUCCAACCUAUGUCUUGUCGAAGAGCAGAAUCCAUUGUCAGAUGUCCCACCUGAGGACGUCGAGGGACUGAUGAAUCCCUUUGAAGAACACGUCACUCUGAACCGCUUUUCAGGUUCCUCCGAAAGGGCAGUCACUAAUCUCUGUCCAAUGCCCCAACGAUAUGCUUCAGUGGACGACUUUGACAUCCCUUUAAGGUCUGAAGGUUUUGGUAAUCCCUGUCCAAUGCCGCAGCGAUAUGCUUCAGUGGACGACUUCGACAUCUCUUCAAGAUCUGAAGGAACAGCUACGACAACAGCUAGCUGCUAUGUCGAUUUCGAUGAGUUCAAUUCAAGCACAUUUUCUACCAUUACAAUAGAGGAAGAAGACUUCGUCCCGUCCAGUCGGCCUAUCCGUCAACGACGUGGAUCCAACCUAUGUUCUGUCGAAGAGCUGAAGGCAUUGUCAGACCACCCAUCUGAAAACGUCGCGAGAUUAUUGGAUUCCCCUGGAGAACGCACUGAAGCACACAGGAAUCAGAAUCGUUUCUCAGGAAAUUCCCAAGGAAGCCCCGGCAAUGCCUGUCCAAUGCCUCAGCGAUUUGCUUCAAUAGCAGACCUCGACAUCUCUUCCAGGUCUGGGGGUACUGCUAGCAAAUCUAGUGAAUUGCCAAAGCAACAACGCACCUUGGAAUCUCAAGAUGGCCAACUCUGUCCAAUGCCGCGACCACAACCCUCCGUGGGCCAUUGGGAAACCCACUUGAAUUAUCAACGGACUCAACAGACUUGUCCAAUGCCGCAACGGAAAUCUUCAACAAACAUCUUUGAUUUUCAUGACGAGUUUCAACAGUCCUACCAAAGUACAUUCUUUUUGAAGGAAGAAACUCCUUUUGGAACGAUCGACAGCGAUGAUCGUGCCAAGUCUGAGGAGGACACUCAACCGGUUUGGUCUCCCAAGAUGCAUGAUGCAGUUCGCAAAUACGAGGCAAGAAAAACGGACAAGGACAGCGGUGACGUUCUUGGUUAUGGUCAGACCUCGAGGUCGUUGGAUCUGAUUGACAUCUUUGGAUCUGAUUGA